AUGCAGCACGUCCGAUCGUCUCUCCCCAGCACCGCAGUGAAUCUGCAUGCCCGCUGCAGCGUCGAGGCUGCCGUCCCCGUCGUCCCCGAGGUCUUCUUUUCUUCACAGCCGGCAAGAACCGCCACCAGUAAUUGCACCAUCUCCCUGACCGCAUCCGACGCUUGCAUGCCAUCCUCCAUCGUCUCGCUUGCACCAGCCGGAGGGGUGGCGCUCGUCUUCACUUGCAUCGCGGUCGGAGAUCCACCUCGGCCGCGACAGCAAUGCACCGUCGACGUCCAAACUUCUCCCCCACCCACUCCAUGCACCACCCUACCGUCAUCUUCCCCACCAACACCAUGCGCUGCCGCCGCCUUGCCACCCUCCCCACCAACGCCUCGCACCGCCGCCGCCGCUAGUGCUUCGCCACCUUGCGCCGUCACCUCCCCGCCCGUUGCACCACUGUGGAACAGCGGGAUUUGA